GACGAGCCCCACACCACAUCUACUACGUGCAUCGUGCAUGGCCGUGAGUGAGUGAGAGAUGGGUUGAUUAGAUAGGGUUCUCACUCGCUCACUCACUCACGUCACGAGCCUCUCGCUCUCCACACAUACUCCGAUACUCGUGCUAACCAAAGAACGAGACUAGCUAGCUCUUAUAUAUACCGGGAAUCUUCAAGAGCUCUCACAAGUCACAAGUGCUAUUUCGAUCUCCUCUCUCCGUCGCGCGCACACACACUAUCCUUUCGUGAAGCUCCCGAGCUCGAUCGGCGACCGAAGCAAUGGCGUCCAUCCGGCGGGAUCUGCUCGUGGCGCUCUGCGUGGCGGCGCUGCUGGCCGUCGGGUCGGAGUCCCACGGGCUGGAGGACUUCGGCAACGAGGGGAAGACGGAGGCGACGCCGGAGAUGGCCUCCUUCUUCGGCGCCAAGCCCGAGGCCGCCGUGCUCCCGGAGGCGCUGGACAACUCCAAGGCCGCCAAGCCGGAGGCGGCCUCGGCGAUGCCCACCACCACCAACACCAGCGCACGUCAGUCCCCGCCGCGCAGAUCCGUGGCCGUGGCCGCCGGUGUGGCCUGCGGCGUCGCGGCACUGGCCGUCGUCGGCGUGGCAGUCGCCGUCGCCUUCGUGGUGCGCGCCAGGCGCGGCGAGAGGCGCGAGGCCGAGGUCCAGCUCGGCUAAACCGGCCACGAGCCCGGCUUGGUUUGAUUAGGGGCUGCUCGUCAGUUCGUUAGCGUCGUGAUUCGCGUUUAGUUAAUUGUCUGUUUAGUUUGAUGAUGAUUUCUUCCUUCCGUUCUUCCGCUGUUCGUGCGUGUGUGUGUGAUGGAGAUUUGGGGAGCUACGGAGCGGCACGCUGUAACAUAAAAAUAACGCUUCAUUGGCAUGCAUGUUACUACUAGUACUGUGAUGUUUA